CUUUGACUUGUUUGUGCUCCAACUGCAACCAAGCAAACUCCACGUGUGAAACCGAUGGUGUCUGCAUGGUCUCCAUCUCCAAUCUGGAUGGGGUUAAGUAUCACAUUCGCGCCUGUAUCCCCAAAGCAGAGUUGGUUCCUGCUGGAAAGCCCUUCCACUGCCUGAGUUCAGAAGAUGUGCGAAACACGCACUGCUGCAUCUCAGAUUUCUGCAACAAGGUGGACUUAAUGGUGCCCAGCGGGCACCUGAAAGAAACUGAACCCCAGUCCAGCUGGGGCCCUGUGGAGCUGGUGGCAGUGAUUGCAGGACCAGUCUUCCUCGUAUUUGUCAUCAUAAUUGUGGUGGUGUUUGUCUUUCACCAUCACCAGCGAGUCUAUCACAAUCGGCAGCGGUUGGACAUGGAAGAUCCCUCUUGCGAAAUGUGUCUGUCCAAGGAUAAGACCCUGCCAGAUCUGGUCUAUGAUCUUUCCACCUCUGGCUCUGGCUCAGGUUUGCCCCUCUUUGUGCAGCGGACUGUAGCUCGAACGAUUGUCCUGCAGGAGAUCAUUGGCAAAGGCCGCUUUGGGGAAGUGUGGCGAGGCAGGUGGCGUGGUGGUGAUGUGGCUGUGAAAAUCUUUUCUUCACGGGAGGAGCGCUCCUGGUUUAGGGAGGCAGAAAUAUACCAGACGGUCAUGUUGCGACAUGAGAACAUUCUGGGAUUUAUUGCUGCAGAUAACAAAGAUAAUGGGACCUGGACACAGCUGUGGCUCGUCUCCGAUUACCACGAGCAUGGCUCCCUGUUCGAUUACCUCAACCGAUACACUGUGACCAUUGAGGGGAUGAUUAAGCUGGCCCUGUCUGCGGCCAGCGGCUUGGCCCAUCUGCACAUGGAGAUCGUGGGGACCCAAGGAAAGCCAGGGAUUGCCCACCGAGACUUGAAAUCCAAAAACAUCCUGGUGAAGAAGAACGGCACCUGUGCCAUUGCUGACCUGGGGCUGGCUGUCCGCCAUGAUUCGGUCACUGAUACUAUUGACAUUGCACCCAACCAGAGGGUUGGAACAAAGCGAUACAUGGCCCCCGAGGUGCUGGAUGAAACCAUCAACAUGAAGCAUUUUGAUUCUUUCAAGUGUGCCGAUAUCUAUGCCCUGGGCUUAGUCUAUUGGGAGAUUGCUCGUAGGUGCAAUGCAGGAGGUAUCCAUGAAGAAUAUCAGCUUCCGUACUACGACCUUGUGCCCUCUGACCCGUCCAUUGAGGAGAUGCGGAAAGUUGUAUGCGACCAGAAGCUGCGGCCCAACAUUCCUAACUGGUGGCAGAGCUAUGAGGCGCUGCGAGUGAUGGGCAAGAUGAUGCGGGAGUGCUGGUACGCCAAUGGUGCCGCUCGACUCACUGCCUUGCGCAUCAAGAAAACGCUGUCGCAGCUCAGCGUCCAGGAAGAUGUGAAAAUCUAGCUGAGGGAACUGCACAGCAGCUGCCAUGCUAGAGCAUGCGAUGGAGGCCUACCUCGCGUUUCUACCCAACCGUGCUGCGAUCACCAGACAGCGUGACCUGUGGGCUACUAGGCAGGCAGGGGGGCGAGCCUGUGAAAAACGCUUCCUCCCUAGUUGGGUAUGAAACGAACAGAAACCUUUUGCGAUCACCUCCUGACAGCAUGAAGACGGGAGGGACUCCUCGGAGGGGGUCUCAGCCAUGAGUGUAACUUUUUUUCUUUUUUCUUUGAUGGAAAUCCCUGUAAAGUCCAGUGUGUGGUUCUCAUAGGAAAGGGGCUGGGUGCUGGGAGCGGGUGGGAAAAGGGGAGGCUUUCUUGCUGUACCCUGGGGUUUGUUUUUCUGGGGGUGGCGUGUGCACUUUUACACCCCCUCCCCCCCACAUGUUCUCCCUCAUAUUUGAAAAAACAUGGUGCUCCCUUCCAAGAGCUGAGCCUGAGCAGUUCUAUCAGCUUUGUGAAACCAUUUCCCUUCUGGUUUUAUUUCUAUACGUUUUGUUUUGUUUUGUUUUUUUUUUUUUUAAGCUUGAAAUAUCCUACAGUUCAAAGAGGUCAGGCCGGCCACUGGUAUGUGCAGCAGUGCAUGUGUGCGUGAGGCGCAUGCUGCCCCCCUCCACAGGCGAGCAGGAUGCACUUGCAGGGGUGCGCAUCUCCAUCUGUGCUUUCUGUGCAUGUGCAAUCUCAAGUGUCCCCUUCUGCACUGUGCGUGCUGGUGCCCUCCUCUUGUCCAGCAGCAAGCAUCCUCUAGCUUGAAUAGGCUGCUUUCAACCAGACCCUUUGUCCUCCCACGUGGGGGACAUGUCCUGGCACUAGCUGCAGGAACUUCCAUCAGGUGUACUUCACUGCCACCCCCUCCCCUCCCUAAAAUGAGGAACUGACUUCAACCUGGAGUUCAGGAUUUUGAGCAGACCCUCUGGGUUUGCAGUGCUUGCAGCUUGGAAGGACUGCCUGGUGAGGAGGGAUAUGGCAGAGCUGAGAGGUGCCUGAAGUUUGAGCUGGUGCUGUGCCUGGCUGGAGGGUCCUGGGCAGGCAGGCAUGCAGGGCAUCCGCCUUUGGGAGUGUAGCCCUUAGAUGUUUUGAAAGGGCUCUGGUAGGAACACUACAAAACCUGCCACUAGGCAUGUACGGCCUGACCCGCAGAAAGCCGAGUGCCCGUGGAAGUGGGUACUGCCCAGUACCCCUCGAGGCAUCCGGCCGGAUCUAGUGGCAGGGGAGUCAGGAUUGGAAGUGCGCGUCCAUCUUUUUAAUAUACCUGUGUAAAUAUCUCGUGUUCUGGAAGCAGCUGUGUAUAACUUGGGGUGGGAGCGGGGGCAGGGGGGGGUCACUGCAUGAAUCUGAUUGCAACUGAAUAACCAAUCUGGGUGAAGCAGAACUGAUCUGACUGUUGCAGCCACGUGGGGGCCUAGCAAAUGUGGGAGCCAAGGGAAGCCGAGUGCAGGGAAUGGCAGUAGCGAGGGCCGUUCCGGGAAGCUGGGCUUUUGGCUGGGUCCGUACCUGUGGUGGAGAACUCUGAAGCCAUAACUUUUAACUGGAGUGGGUUUGAUUAGUUUUUUUUAUUUUCCGGGAGGGUCUGGAUUUUAACUUUUUUUAAUAUUGUUAAUUCUUUGUAAGAGAAGAAGAAAAAAAAAAAAACCAACAAACAAUCUCUAAUGAUUACCUCUCAACCUGUUCGUUUGUAAUGAAAUCACUGCAAAAAAGAAAAAAAAACCAAAUGCACACUGCUCGACUUACACUGGAACUGUUUCUACUCGAACCUGGGGCCUGCUCUGAAAGGUGAGGCUUCAUCUCUGCUCCAGCUGCCGGGGUGACUUUUUCUAAAACACUCUGUUCUUGCUGUCUGUGUAUCCAUGUCUGUCUGUCCCUGAGCCCCGUAUCAUGUCUGUGAUGAUGGUAUCUGUGUACAGUGAGGAAUCUCUUGCCUUGUGUUUGGAGCCAUUUUGCAUCCUCCCGUUGUUUGAAGAUGACAGGCAGCGCGGAGCUGUUCCCCUGCCUGGGAGGCUGCAGGCCAUUGGUUCGUGGAGCAGUGGAGUACGUGAUUUGUGAAUGUACAGCUUUCCUUCCCCUUCUGAUUUGUUCUGAUGUUUCUCAGCCAGAGGUUACCCUGUCUCUACAGCGACACUGCACUGGCUGAUCCCUUCUACACUUAGAAACCCGGUGGUGGGCGCCUGAGACCAGGCCGACACGAUUCCUCAGCUGCCAGGAGCAGGGCUGGUCGGGCUGGGGAGGGAGUUGUAGCCGUGGCCAGGCCCAUCACGCCAGCAGGUACGGUUUGCCAUGUCCUUCUGUGAGCAUUGUAUCCU